ACGCGCAUGCUUCCUGUUACAGCUACUUGCUUCCUGAAGUAUUUAUUAAAUCACCAAGUUUUUACACGCAGGACAUUUUCGUAUUUGGUUACUAGUAGGAAUUUACAAGGUUACGCGAACAGGAGAGGUCACAGUACAUCCACACCUCCGACGCCUUGCAGUGAAACCACAGCACAGUAUGAGGACCUUGUUACGUCUGGGUCGCUGAGGAAGGAUCCUCUGCAGCAGCAUGUUCUCCAGCAGCUGGUUCUUCUGCAACACAAGCUGCAGCACUACAAUAACAACAGCUACCUGAAGGCACAAUCCCCAAGAGAGCUCAGUGAUGCUGGUGCAGCCGAUGAAAAGGAUCCUGUUCCAGCUGCACCACCUCCACCUCCUAAAGGCUUCUACCUUCAUGGAGAUGUUGGAACCGGGAAAACCAUGCUGAUGGACAUGUUUUUCUCAGGCGUGGCUAACUCUCGAAAAAUGAGAGUCCACUUCAACGGCUUCAUGCUGGACAUCCACAACAGGAUCCACCGCCGGAAACAAAGCCUGCCGAAAAGAAGGCUGGGGAAAAUGUUCACCUACGACCCCAUAGCGCCGGUUGCUAUGGAGAUCUGCCAUGAAACCUGCCUCUUGUGUUUUGACGAGUUUCAGGUGACCGACGUUGCUGAUGCCAUGAUUCUGAAGCAGCUCUUUCAGACCAUGUUCGAGUAUGGCGUGGUGGUGGUGGCCACCUCCAACAGACCCCCAGAUGAUCUGUACAAAAACGGACUUCAGAGAGACACCUUCCUGCCUUUCAUCGACGUGUUGAAGGAGCAUUGUCAUAUCGUGUCCCUGGACUCCGGGAUCGACUACAGGAUGUUGGACCAGACCGGUGCCGGGAAACUCUACUACCUUACGGGGGAACCUGGUGCCGAGGCCUUCAUGGAUUCACUGUUCGAGGAGCUGGCGCUGAGACAACGGAGCUUAACGGGUCCUCGGGUGCUGACCGUACUUGGCCGAGACGUGGUGCUGAAAAAGACCUGCGGCUCCAUCGCCGACUGUACUUUUGAUGAGCUGUGCGGCCGACCGCUGGGGGCCGCGGACUACCUGGAGAUCGCGCGACUCUUUGACACGGUCUUCAUCCGCCACAUCCCGCUGCUGACCCUGAAGGACCAGGCCCGACGCUUCACCACCCUUGUAGACAACCUCUACAGCCACAAGGUGAGGCUGGUUCUGCUGGCUGAUGCCCCAUUGGACCGGAUCUUCGUCCACUCUGGAGGAGAAGACGAACGUGACCGUCAGCUGCUGGACGAUCUGGGUCUGACCGGGGAAACCGCUGAGCACCUGAGUCUUUUCACUGCAGAGGAGGAGAUCUUUGCCUUCCAGAGGACCAUGUCCAGACUGGUGGAGAUGCAGACCGAGUCCUACUGGACCCGAGGAGAUCGCAGCACCAGCAGAACAGAUGUGGACGACUGACUCGCGAACUGACACACAAUUACCUCAUUUUCUUUAAGUGUCUGUCAUGUGUGAUGUAUAUUAUUUAUUUAUUUUUAUUUUUUUUGGACAGUGAUCGUAUGAACAUCACCGUAGGGUUUAGAAUUUUAUUGUGUUCUCUAAUAAAACACUGAUGUCGACAUUAAAUCAUUUUGAUGCCUCGGAAACUUUCAUGUAUCAUAUGUUAAGCUUUACAUAAGUUCCAUCACAAAAAAAAUCUUACAUUUUCUCAACUUUUUUCAUUUUAAAUGUCCAAACAUUAACCAGAAAAACAAUGGGUUCAUU